GACAAAACUGAGUCGUCUGCUUAUUUUUUCCUGCGUCUGUCCGUCCGUCUGGCGUGGAUCUCAUGGGAACACGACGGUAAGCAUGCUGCCGCUGCUCCGACUCUACCUCGUCACCUGUGUCGCCGGAGUCACAGUGUGGGCGGGUCCCGCAGAGACGGUGGUGGGUGUGGCCGGGCGUAGAGUGGCACUGCCGUGUCGGUCGGCGGUGGCCGAGCGGAGAGGCGUGCACGUGUGCUGGGGCAGAGGUGAGCCAGCCGUGUUCUCCUGCCACAACAUGCUGAUCAACGUAGCCGGCAAGCGCCUCCUGUACAAGAGCUCGUACAGGUAUUCAGUGUUCUCAGGCCCAGGCGAAGCGCCCUAUCUCUCCAUCUUUGACGUGCGCUCUUCGGACUCUGGCUUUUACCACUGCCGGGUUCAGCUGCCGGGACCCUUCAACGACAAAACCUCCUCCGUACUCCUCAUCGUCAUCAAAGGCGGCAGGAACCUGAACGCACCGCCGACUACACCAGGUGGUAAUAUCAAACCAGGGACAGGAAGUGAUGUCACAGAGAGCAUGAUCUUGUGGGAUAGCACAGUAGACGACACAACCGGACCGGUGGUGGCGCGGGUUCAGACGCCUGUCCGGCAGCAAGACGGCAACAAUCUGUGGUUGUUCCUCGGAAACACACUCAGAAUUGCCUUCAUCGUCUUCAUACCUGCAGUGAUACUCACUGCGGCUUACAGAAUCUGGAGGUCUACUCAGAAAGCAGUGACAGACAGCAGCGGCAGCCAAUCAGAAGAGGCGGUGGACGAUGUGUAUCUGUAGACUCAGAUACAAUGUUAUUUCCUCCAUUUUUUUGUUUUUGUUUUAGAGUCAAAGGAGAUAUGCGGUGAAACCAGCCUCAAAUAUUAAAUCUCAAUUUUAAAAAAAGCUUAAUUUGUAUCCAUAUUGAUUUUUCAAUAUUGCUUUAUUUUGAGUAUAUACAUAUGGUAUGUAUUUUGACAAUGUUCUAAUGAAUUAAAUCAGUGUUUACACAUUUUGUAAAACUCGCUAUCAUUGUCUACAUACCGCAGGACGUUACUGUAU